AUUCUACUCGUUAAUAGUUUUCUAGAUCUUUCCGCAACGUUCAUUUGCAACUCUCUUAAAAUCUUGAGACGCCAUCUUACUGUAGAGAAUCAAUCUUUGUUUGCGAUGGCGACAGAACAAGAAGCUGAGGUUGGAACAGAGACAUCCUCUGUUUCCGGAAGGUUUUUGAGGAACAGAGAUUUAUAUCUCUUCUUGCCUUUUCUCUUAGGCUUCUCCGAUCAAGAACCAUCAAACCGCGAUGAUGAUGAUGAUGAUGGUGGUGUUGCUUCGUCGCGUGAGAGAAUCAUUUUAGUCAACCCUUUUACGCAAGGGAUGGUCGUGCUCGAAGGCUCGUCGGGAUUGAAUCCUCUGCUUCGUAACUUACUGGAGUCACGUGAGGAAGGUCGUCCUCCAGCGUCCAAGGCUUCCAUCGAAGCGAUGCCUGUUGUGGAGAUCGACGGAUGUGAAGGAGAGUGUGUGAUCUGUUUGGAGGAGUGGAAGUCCGAGGAGACUGUGAAGGAGAUGCCGUGUAAGCAUAGGUUUCAUGGUGGAUGUAUAGAGAAAUGGUUAGGGUUUCAUGGGUCGUGUCCUGUUUGUAGGUACGAGAUGCCUGUUGAUGGAGAUGAAGUUGGGAAGAAAAGAAACGACGGAGGAGAGGUUUGGGUUAGGUUUAGUUUCAACGAUGGUCGGAGAGUCAGAGAUUCUUCUGGUCAGGACAGUGGAAGCAGUGACAAUGGAGGUAACACCACCAUUGAAUCUAAUGGCACAGUUGAGUCUGAGUACUAGGGUUACAUAAAAAGCUUUUUGUAAAAACUUGUGCUUUGGUUUUUUUUGUCCUUUUUUGGUAUUUGGGAAAAGUUGAUGAUCGGUUUGUUUUUUUCUUUUCCCAUGAAAGCUAGGAGAGAUCUUUGGUUGUUGUUCUCUUUUAAUCAUCUCCGUUGUUUUUUUUCUUUUUCAUUUCUCGAAUUCAUGUAUUAAAAAGUUAAGGAUUUUCAAGAAAUCUUUUAAUUUUCACU